AUGAAGGGAACAAUAAACCAAUCAAAAUCAUUAGUAUCAGAAACUUUCCUUAAAUCUUUAAUUCUCCUCUCCAUCUUCUGUCUCAUCCUUCUCUCUUUACAAUUUUCUUCUCCUUCUCCCCGUUGCCAUCCUAGAAACGACCUCAAGAUCCGAUCCGGAUACACCUCCUACGACACCUACAUUCAUCACCAACUUCAAAAAACAACCAACCCAAAGCUCCGAAAAAUAUGGACCUCAAGAGACUGGGACAGAAAGAUUCUAGUUUUCACACAUUUCUUUAACCAUUUAAAACAAGAAAAACUACUUAUAAAUUCAUCAAAGUGUCUUUGUGUUGGAGCUCGGGUCGGGCAAGAAGUUGAGGCAUUAAAACGGGUUGGAGUUAACGAUUCAAUCGGGUUGGAUUUGGUUCCAUACCCGCCUAAUGUGAUCAAAGGUGACUUUCAUCAUCAGCCAUUUGAUGACAACACUUUUGACUAUGAAUUCUCAAAUGUGUUUGAUCAUGCACUUUACCCGGAUAAAUUUGUGAAAGAGAUCCAACGGACUUUAAAGCCCGGUGGGAUUUGUGUGCUACACGUGGCACUUUCGAGACGGUCGGAUAAGUAUUCAGCUAAUGAUUUGUAUAGCAUUGAACCGUUGAAGCAGUUGUUUAAUGGUUCGGAUCUGGUUCGGUCCAGAAAAGUUGAUGGGUUUGGGUUGGAUACUGAGGUGGUUUUUAGAAAACGACAAAAGGGUCAUCUACAACAUUGAUAUGUUAUAUAUACAUGUUUUGUUAUGUGUAUUAAUAUAACUAACUUUGAUCUUUU